AUGGACGCUCGGAAGAAAAAGAGAAAGGUGCUUCUGAUGGGCAAGAGUGGAUCGGGGAAGUCAUCCAUGCGCUCAAUCAUCUUCAGUAACUACGUCGCAAAGGAUGUCCGACGCCUAGGUGCCACGAUUGACGUCGAGCACAGCCAUGUCAAGUUCAUGGGGAACCUCACAUUGAACCUGUGGGAUUGUGGAGGUCAAGACGCCUUCAUGGAAACCUACCUCGCCUCACAACGCGGCAACAUCUUCUCCGACGUCGCCGUCCUAAUCUACGUCUUCGACAUCGAAUCCCGCGAAGUCGACCGCGACCUCGACACCUACCACUCCAUAAUCGAAGCUCUCCGCGAAUUCAGUCCAAAUGCCUACGUCUUCUGCCUCGUCCACAAAAUGGACCUCAUCCAAGCCGAGCACCGCACCCGCAUUUACGAAGAGCGCUCCGCCGUGAUCCGCUCCCGCUCCUCCGAUUUCCGCGUGGACACCUUCGCAAGCAGCAUCUGGGACCAAUCCCUCUACAAAGCCUGGGCCGGCAUUGUCCACAAGCUCAUCCCGAAUCUCGUCGUGAUCGAGCGCUUCCUGACCGCAUUCGCCAAGAAGAUAAAUGCAGAAGAAGUCAUUCUCUUUGAGCGCUCGACUUUCCUAACUGUGACUUCGGUUACUUCUGAAGUCGGCGAGCUGAAUCCUAUCUACGAUCGCCAUGAGAGAUUAUCGAAUAUCAUGAAGGCGUUUAAGCAUUGUGCCGCACGGAAUACGCUUACGACGCCUGCUUCGGCCGGGUUUGUCGUUAUGCACACCAAGACGCCGCAGUUUAAUAUCUUCCUUGGACGGUUCACAGAUAAUACGUACAUCUUUCUUGUUGUGCCGCCUGGGGAGGCUUCGUACAACUGCGCGGUCUUGAAUACUAUGCUUGCGAGGGAGGGAUUCUCGAAAGCGGCUGCUGGUGGUGCUGGAGGUGAUGGGUUCCCUCUUCCACCGUCUGAGUCUGUGGAUGACCAUGCAGGUGCGAAUGGGAAUGGCGUGUAA